AUGAAUCCUUUGCCUUUCAGUAAUGUCCCAGGUUCAAGCUAACGUGGGUACUCCAGUAACAAAGGAGUCGCAACAGGGUUAAAAAAUAGAUUCAGACCGAUCGUCCUAAUGAUUGUGUCUGGAAUAUACAGCACCGUCAGUCUCUGCUGGGUAGGAACGGCACAGGUAGAGUGGGAUUGUGACGUCACUGUAAACACUAAAGGAAGCAUUCAAACAUCUAAAGUAAACUACAGGCUGUAAUGAUUAUUGAGCAACUCUUAGUGUUAACAUGGAAGGGAGUCCAGUGAAGACAGUGUUGCAUGGUGCAGAGGACAUUUCACAUCAAGAAGUUGAAGAUGUAUUACUUGCUUCAAAGAUGGAGACAAUAACACCUUCGAACAAUGACUCUGAUACCUUUGAGAGUGUGACGACCAUAUCUAAGGAAAGGGACUUUAAAGCUCCAGCAGAUAUACCAUUUAAAAAACCUUUCUUUAUUAGUAAAAACCAACGACUAAAUACAAAUCAAGAUGAAAGGAAAAGUAAGGAAAAGGAGGAGAGGGAAAGUAAGCUCACCAUUAUAGAGUCGCCACAUACUGAAAAGUUACAAGAGAAGUCGCCUGCACAAAAGUUGACUGAGAAGUCUGUUCCUCUUCCAUAUAAGGAACCAACAUGGAGUGGACUACCCAUAGCUGAGUAUUCAUUUGAGGUCCUGAAGAAUGGGAUUAUUGUGGAUACAAUACCCUUGAACAAACCAUUUACAGUAAUUGGUCGCCUUGCCCAAUGUGACAUUGUUUUGGAACAUCCAUCACUGUCAAGGUUUCACUGUGUUAUUCAAUAUAGACUAGAAGGUUCUGAAACUAAACCACAAGGAUUCUAUGCUUAUGACCUUGGAAGCACCCAUGGCUCUUUUCACAAUAAACAUCAAAUGAAGCCUCACACCUACUACCUUUUACGAGUUGGUCACUUGCUGAAGCUUGGGGGUAGUACUCGGAUGCUGAUUCUACAGGGUCCAGCAGAAGAUCAAGAACCAGAAUCUGAUCUAACUGUGACAGAGUUGAAAGAUGAAGCAUUGAAGCGUGCCAGAAAGUUGAAACAACUUGAGAUAGACAGAAUGGAAGAAGAAAAUGGGGAACAAAAGAUGAAGGAGUCUGAUGGAAGUGGCAAGACCCAAGAAGAUAUUGAAGGCGUAGACUGGGGAAUAGGAGAGGAUGCAGAAGAGGAGGCAGAGGAAGGCGAUAAUCCUUUUGCUUCAUUGAACGAAGAUUUAUAUUUGGAAGAUCCAAAGAAGACCCUCCGUGGAUGGUUUGAACGAGAGGGUUAUGACCUCCCCAAUUAUGUUAUUGAAGACAUCAGUCCAGGCUUCUACAAAUGUAAAGUGGAACUUCCUGGCCCUGGUGGUAUUCCAUUAAUUGCCACUGUUGAGCACAAAGGGAAAAAGAAGGAGGUAGUAAUACAGUGUGCUCUUGAGGCCUGCAAGCUGCUUGACAGACAAGGUGUUCUCAGGCAAGCAAAACAUGAGAGCCACCAAAGGAAAAAACGUGAUUGGGCUGAAAAUGAUUACUAUGAUUCUGACGAGGAUGAUUUUUUGGAUCGUACUGGAGACGUGCAGCGGAAGAGAAUAAGGCGUAUGAAGGAUGCUGGUGGAAAGGACAGUGCCUUUGUAGAAAAUUAUGAUACUCUGAUAACAAAAUAUAAAGAAGUUUUAGAAGAAUUGGUAACUUUAGAAGGAAAACUAAAUGAGGCAGACUUUCUAAAGCAGGCCUCAGAGAGCAGCAAUGGAGCUGAUGAUGAUCUAGAUAGUUUCAUGCACAAGUUGAAGUCACAAGUACCAGACAAACACAAACGUGUCACUUGGAAGUUAAGAGUGGUUGAUUUACGAAAGGAUGAGCUACGACUGCGCAGACUUACAAAUAUUGCUCGACCUCUGGGUGUUCCUGAGUUACAACCGUACCACUCAAAAUAUGAAGCUUCCAGCAUCAAACAAAACUCCAGAUCAGCAUCUCUUGGUGAAAGGCAGAAGGGGUCUCUGGGAACUUCUUUAGCUUCCACACGACCAAAGGAACCUUCUUUCAAACCUCACAAGAUUUUCUUGGAAGAGGAGCAAGAGGAGAAGCCACGAUUGAGAAGAUUAGAUGAUGAUGAUAAACUUCCAACUCAAAUCCCUCCAACAUCCUCUUUUAAGUCGAAACACUUGACACAGGAGCACGAUGUGAUUGAAAAAUCAGACUCUGCAAUUCCAGUAACUUCAAAGGUUAACAAAACUCAAAAGCAUGAACACAAAUCUGUUUCAGUAUUGCUCUCAGAGGAUGAACAUACAAUCAGUAUGCUUAAAACAGUGAAAACACCAGAACAAGAUUUGCACGAAGUUGAAACGAGAGAAAAGAGUGGAAGUGAUGCAAGAAACAAUAAAAAUGAAAACAUAUUACAUUGUUUAGCAGACAUUAAUUCUCAAGAGAGUAAUAACAUUAAUAAAACUGAAACAGGUAACACCAACAAGUACACCAAUGACUGGAAAAGACCAAAUACCCCAGAAAUCUCCUCACCAAAAAAUUCCAAGUGUGAUGGUUCAGAGGAGAGCCCUUUUGAGAAAAAACCAAGGAUAAUAGGUCCCAGCUUGCCCCUGCACUUGGCACAUAUUAAGACAGAAUACCAGAAUCCUACCAAAACCAAGAAAAGGCAAGAUAAAAAAGGCAGAAAGUACGAUGAAGAUAGUCCAAACUAUGACAGCUGGACUCCUCCAAAUCAGCAGAGUGGAGAUGGACGUACUUCACUGAAUGACAAAUUUGGUUAUUAAUAACUACCAGUACUUACAAGUUUCAUAUGGCUCUGGAUCAGCUGCCAAAGCAACAAAGUGUUUUUGGUGAAAUCUCUUGAUGAUUUUUUUCUCAUAUGAUUUUGUCAUGCAAUACCAAUCGUAAUAAAAAGUUAUUUUACAGUAUCAGAAUUAGUUAGGCUUAGUAACCAAGACAAAAUUAUAUUUUGCUAAUUGUAAUGUAUCAUCAAAAAUGUUUUUUCUCAUAAAUACUGUAAUGUAUAAGAAAAUUAAUGCAGUACUGUAAUACAGUUUUCAUAAGUAUUACAGAUUAAGUUUUAAUUAUGUACAGUAAUGGCAUGUUUUUCAUCAUGUAAGUAUAUUGAGGUUUGUGGAAAUAAGUGGAGAGAAUACUUACAGUUAACCCUGAAACUCUGCGGGCUUUAUCCUGUUCAUCCCAACAUUCAGCUUGGGGGAGGGAGAGUUGUAUCACAUAUGUCAAUUUUUUGCUAUUUUCUUCCCCAUGGCAGCAGGUGGGGUGGGGUUAAACAUGGUUCAGCCUGCCCCUGGUCUUGUAAGUAAUAUGCUGUUACUAAAUAAAAGAAACGUUCAGAAAAAUUCUGUAAAAUAAUCAAA